CGUUCAGAUGCGUGUCGUACAGCACACACAUACACACACUGUGUGAGCCUUUAAUUAAAAAUUGCUGAAACUGCCAGAAUUUUUUUUAUUCGCCAUCAAUGACACUAAAUCAGACCGGACAAAUCAAAACCAGUUACACGGGUUAAAAUCAGUAAGCAUGUCCCAUUUCUGCAUUCGAAAACCACCAAUCUUAACUCACAACUAAAGAACGAUUUUGUAUGUGAUUUCUGUCUGUGAUGGCAAAAUCAGGCCAAAAAAUAAAAUCAAAUCACAUCGUGUAAACGUGUCUUUUUAAUAAUAGAGUCCUGGUGUUGUCAUGCUUUAAUCUCUUACACAUGUGGAAAGACAAAAACUCUAAUUUGAGCUGAAUUUUAUUACAUAGACCACUCUCAUUUCUUCUGAAAAAACACUUAUCAGACACGAGUCUGAUCUAUGACCAUAUACGAAAAUAGUUCGGGUCUGAUGCGAAGAGAUCUUUCUUUCGGGUCCUGACACAGAUGUCGCAUUAAGGCAGAGUAACUUCACCAUGAAGAAUUGCAACAUCCAUAAUACCACGCACACUUCAUUUUCCAAAAAGGAAGUUGCAAUACUGGACAUUUAUCAUUUAGAAGGACAUCUGAGGUGAAGGAUUUUCAGACACAGAAGCCUAAGAAAAGAAGCAAAAACCUACUAUCUAUUACCUCCUGUCGUGUUUGAUUUCGACCAAAGACAUUAAGCAUGCCACCCAUCUUCUGGACAAUUGCAGUCUCGUCAUUGCUUUUAAUGGUCAGAGCCGCAGUUCUGAUAAAUGUAGACAAAAAUGUCCAGCUCUGUUCCUUUAGAAGGGACAAAUCAAAGGACCUUACCAACAGCAACCUGAACAGGAUACCAUCAGACUUGCCAGAUGACACUGAAAACUUAGAUGUCUCUGAAAACAACAUUUCUAGUAUCAUCCAUGCUGACCUGUACAGACUCACUCGCCUGUGUUUCCUCAAGAUCACCAACUGUGGCCUUCAAUUCAUCUCCCCUGAUGCCUUUUAUAAUAACGCAGAGCUCAAGGUUCUCAACAUCUCCUACAACCUACUGACCGUUAUUCCCUACUUGCCUCUUCCACAACUUAGGAUCUUAGACCUUUCCGGCAAUGAUUACGACAGCUAUACUCUUCCAGCUUUUUUCAGUAACUUGACAUAUCUUUCUACCUUGGCAAUAGGAAGUCCAAAAGUAACGUCAGUUAAAAUUGAUGAUUUGGCACCACUUCAAAAUACACAUUUAAAACAAUUCACAUUCGGAGGUGGCACUGAGAUACAAAAAUAUGAAAAUGGUUCAUUUGCCCAACUUAAAUCAUUGGAGGAAGUGUCUCUGAGAGUGACUUUUUGUCACAACUUUGAUAUUUUCAAAACCAUGUUGAUGGACCUUGACCAAACACAUACGAAGAGAAUCAGGCUAAUCAAGCUCUUUCCAGAUCAGUGUACAAUUUCAAGUGAUCCUUUCGAGGGCCUCGAGAAACUCCAUGUACUCUCCAACUUCACCAUUGUGGACACCUUGAUUAACAGCUCUGUCAUGGUGAAACUCCUCCAAAAUAUCUGGAAAUCAUUUUUUGAGGAACUUGAAUUUCUGAACAUAACUUAUAAUGAAGAUACUCCAUAUGGGUUUCAAUUCCCCAGUCAGAACCAUACACUCAGUUUACGAGCAGUUGUUUUUAACGGUGUGAACCACUAUCAAUAUCGGUAUCCUACAGUCAACAUGAGCAUGGACUUGAUUUCUCAGCUGACUUACUUGAAGUUCUCUGGUACGGGAAUGAAUAUUCUUCCAUGCAAUCUCAUUUCAGCUAUACCAUCACUGCAAAUUUUGGACCUGUCAAACAACCUUUUGGAUGAUACAGGAUUCUGGUGGUAUUUGUGCUCAUUUGAGAGUGUGUUUCCAGCUUUGAGACAGCUUUCGUUAAGCAACAAUCGUUUUUCUGACCUGGCGUAUAUUUCUAAGCGGACUCAUGAAAUGAAGGUUUUAAUGUCCCUUGACUUAAGUUUUAACUCCAUUCAGAUUGGGGGUCCAUGCUCCUGGCCCUCACACCUCACUGAACUGAAUCUCAGCCAUAACAACUUGGGCGACUCUGUUUUUCAAUACCUGUCCCAUCAUUUCCAAAAGAUCGACCUCUCCAAAACAGGCAUAAGCGUCAUCUCCCAAGAUGUCCUCUCACAGUUCCCCAGACUCACACACCUCAUCCUGAGCUUUAACAGCAUACAUCUCAUCCCCUCGGAUCUUCAUGCACCUGUGCUGCAAACCCUUUACGUUGAUCAGAAUUCCAUCACGUCCAUUGACCAGGCUGCGCUCGAGGGCCUCCCCAGCCUGCAGACUUUAAAAGCAGGUAACAAUCCAUUUGUCUGUGAUUGUGACUCUUUUUGGUUUGUAACCAUGUUGAACAAGGCUCUUCUUCCUGAUUGGCCAUUAGACUACACAUGCAGUUCUCCACCAUUACUAGCAGGAAAGUACUUAGACACAUACAAACCGGGAAAACUUUCCUGUCUACCAGGACUCCAAGCAGCAGUGGCUCUACCAGUAAUUAUUGUUAUUACAGCUGCUUUGGGCAUCAUUUUCUAUGCAUGUGAUGGCAUCUGGUACACCAAAAUGCUCUGGGUAUGGAUAAGAGUGAAGCGUCGGAGCACCAGACAGGCAAAUAAAUCAAAGAACAGCGCCUUUCUUUACCAUGCAUUCAUCUCCUACAGCCAUCAUGAUUGCACCUGGGUGGAUUCUGAACUAGUCCCAGCUUUGGAGAGCGCAGGUUUGUCCAUCUGCAUUCACGAGCGAGACUUUGUACCUGGCCAAUGGAUUGUGGACAAUAUCAUUAGUUGUGUGGAAAGCAGUUACAAAACAAUCUUUAUCCUGUCAAAGCACUUUGUUCAGAGUGAAUGGUGCAACUAUGAGCUCUUUUUCGCUCAGCACAGAGCAAUUAGUGUGAGGGAUGACUCACUGGUCUUCAUUCUGUUGGAGCCCAUUCCAUCUGACUCUCUGCCUAAAAAGUUCCUGAGGCUAAGCACCAUGCUAAGACAGAAAACCUACCUGGAGUGGCCAAAAGAUGAAACCAAGAAAAAAGUCUUUUGGUCUAGUCUCAGGUCCAUCUUGCAGACUGCAGACAAGCGUAUGGUGCUGAAAGAGAUUGCUUUUGACAUAGCUGAAAAUGCUCUUUUAUUGAAUGCUCAACAGUAAAGUUUCCUACAAACUGUACUUCUGUACCAAUGGUAGCUGCAGGACAAUCAAAAACAUCAAAACAAUUAAAACAGCAUUUCCCUAGGUGUUUUAUUCUUCUUAUACCACAGUAAUUUGGCAAUAAUUACAUGCUUUAAUUAAUUAAACAACACAUACUUUUUAUUGGUUUACAGUUACAUUGAAUAAUGGAAUGUGGACACACAAGUGAAUGUGAAUGUUGACAAACAAGCUAUUAACUAUUAUCACUCACAUUAUAGCAGCUAUAAACAGUAGUUCCCUCACCAGCCUCAUCAACCUUUUUUUCUCUCUGUUGAAUUUAAUAAGACAAAACAGUAUAAGAUGUCUAGCAGCUUCUUAGGUUACAGAGAAAGUACAGACUUAACGUGUCAGAAAACUUAAAUUUACAGUUUUACCUCUGACUUUUAUAAAGCCCUGACUCUGGAGACUUCUUCCAAAAUUCUAAUUAAUCAUCACCUGACAGAAAACUUCACCAUAUGAACAUUUACACACAUUAAUCUGUUCAUGCAGAGCAUCUGUCAUACAAGUCAUAAAUUGCCUUGAGUAUACAAAUAUGCUUAUUUACUGUGUAAAAUUGACAUACAAGUGAGUGUGUAGUUUGACUCUGUCUCCAUCUACUGUUAAAGUAGUAUUUGCUUCAAAUUUCAGUGUACAUUAUGCAUUGUUGUUAUUUUUAUUUUAUUGCAUUUUAUUUGAUUUUAUAGUAAUAUACUGGACAUUUAUAUUUACAUUACAUUUAUUCAUUCAGCAGACGCUUUUGUCCAAAGUGACUUACAAAUGAGGAAAUACAAGCAAAGUGAAGAACAAUACUAAUAGUGCUACCAUGCAAGAUUUAUAAUCGAGUUUUAGAGGAACAAGGUUGCAGAGUAGAGAUGUAAGAGCUAGUGUAAGUGCAGACUUUAUUUGUUUAUUAAUUUUUAAAGGGGGCAAGGGGGCAAGUUAGGGGUUGGAUAAGUGUUCAGGGAAGAUAGUGACAGAUUCUGCUGCUGGAUUGAGAUUUCCACCACUAAGGGACAGUCAGUUUAAUGGUUCUGCAUAGGUACCUCAUGCCUCAGUGAGUUGGCACUACCAGGCGUCGGUCCUUAACCAAUUGCAGGUAGCGUGAGGGAACAUAAACCUAAAGGAAAAUGUUGAGGUAGGGAGGUGCUCUUCCAGACAAGGUCUUGUAUGUGAGCAUCAAGGCCUUGAAUUUGAUGCGGGCAGUGGAGGGAGAUGAAGUGGGGUAUGAUGUGGGUCCUUUUGGGCUGGUUGAAAACAAGGCAUGCUGCUGCAUUCUGAAUCAUCUGAGGUGGUGUGAUGGAGCUGGCUGGGAGGCCUGGGAGACGUACGUUGCAAUAGUCCAGUUUUGAGAUAACAAGAGCCUGGACUAGUAGCUGUGUGGCAUGAUCAAUGAGAUAGGGUCUGAUUUUCUUGAUGUUGUACAGAAUGAACCUACAGGACCAUGCAGUUGUUGAAAUGUGGUCUGUAAAGGUCAACUGGUCAUCGAAAGUCACCCCAAGGUUAUUUUUUACACUUCCUGACAGAUGGAAACUUGUACUUGACAUGGGUUUAAAAUUUUUUUUUGUUAUGGGCCAAAAAUCUGCAAUCCCUUUAUUCAUUUGUUUGUCCCAUAUGGGUUUCCAUUUUGUAGUAGGAUAUGGACAGUAGAACAGUAUGGAUGGUCCAGUCACAGUACCACACAUGAUGUUGACACUAUUUUUUAAAAUUGUUUUUGUUUUUAAUAAAACAAUAAAUUCUUUGCUUAUCAAACCAUACUGAAAGGCAGCUGACAUAAAAAUCACAAAUGUUUUCUGGUAUCCUAUAACUAGCCAUAUGAGGAUAAUUGAUUUUAACAGGGUUGAUGAUAUUAUCGUAAACUGGUAUUGGAGCAACAGUUCUCUUUGUCAUGUCCCU